CUAUGAAGCACAUUUUCUCUCCUUUGUCUAAAUGUGAAACUUCAGUAAAUUUUGACAUUUAAUUUUCCAGAGUGUUAAUUUAAUGAGUAGUUUCUAAUUUUAAGCUCCUACCCCAUCUUAAUGUGAGAAUUAGUGAAAUAAAUAACAUAAAACCAUUUUUUAAUUUUGGGAGUAAAGACAAUAAAAACAUGAGGUAUUGCUGCUUAAAUUGGUAAAAACACAGUUUAAACCUUGUUUCUUUCAGAAGUUUUGAGGUCAAAGAGCGUAAUAAAACAAACUUAGGAGCUCAUUUCCAGAGAAUACUGUCCUUGUCCCAUACCUGUCCUUACUACUUUGUUUUGUGUGCUAUUGUAAGCUCCUUGACCAUCUGACCAAGACAGGUUCAAUGAUUUGGCUUCAUCCAUUCUCGUUUAGUGGGCAAUGCUAUGGUUGCAACAUUGUGAAAUCAAUUCCUAUAAGUCACAAAGCAAGAAUUUGAUGUGAGGGGAUGUCCCUCAUUUAGAAUUCCCUUCUGGAUAAGAUACUGGAGGUUUCAUUGCAGGGAAUUCUUGAGAGAAAACAAUAGGAGGAUGAGGGAUUGUGGUUUUUUUGUUUUUUUUUUCCUAAAGAAAACUAUCAAUAAAGGAACCCUGUUGACAGUGUAAAGCAGUGCUUCUCUCUGGGGCCAAGGCCAGAGCUGUGGACACCUUGUCCCACUCAUCCUCAUCCUCUUCCUCUGAUAAAGCCCCUACCAGUGCUGAUAAAGUCUUUCUCGUGAGAGCCUAGAGGCCUUAAAAAAAGAAAAAAAAAGUGCUUGAAAGAGAAGGGGACAAAGGAACACCAGUAUUAAGAGGAUUUUCCAGUGUUUCUGGCAGUUGGUCCAGAAGGAUGCCUCCGUUCCUGCUUCUCACCUGCCUCUUCAUCACAGGCACCUCCGUGUCACCCGUGGCCCUAGACCCUUGUUCUGCUUACAUCAGCCUGAAUGAGCCCUGGAGGAACACUGACCACCAACUGGAUGAGUCUCAAGGUCCUCCUUUAUGUGACAACCAUGUGGAUGGGGAGUGGUACCGCUUCACGGGCAUGGCAGGAGAUGCCAUGCCUACCUUCUGCAUACCAGAAAACCACUGUGGAACCCACGCACCUGUCUGGCUCAAUGGCAGCCACCCCCUAGAAGGUGACGGCAUUGUGCAACGCCAGGCUUGUGCCAGCUUCAAUGGGAACUGCUGCCUCUGGAACACCACAGUGGAGGUCAAGGCUUGCCCUGGAGGCUACUAUGUGUAUCGUCUGACCAAGCCCAGCGUCUGCUUCCACGUCUACUGUGGUCAUUUUUAUGACAUCUGCGACGAGGACUGCCAUGGCAGCUGCUCAGAUACCAGCGAGUGCACAUGCGCUCCAGGAACUGUGCUAGGCCCUGACAGGCAGACAUGCUUUGAUGAAAAUGAAUGUGAGCAAAACAAUGGUGGCUGCAGUGAGAUCUGUGUGAACCUCAAAAACUCCUACCGCUGUGAGUGUGGGGUUGGCCGUGUGCUGAGAAGUGAUGGCAAGACUUGUGAAGACAUUGAAGGAUGCCACAAUAACAAUGGUGGCUGCAGCCACUCUUGCCUUGGGUCUGAGAAAGGCUACCAGUGCGAAUGUCCCCGGGGCCUGGUGCUGUCUGAGGAUAACCACACUUGCCAAGUCCCUGUGUUGUGCAAAUCAAAUGCCAUUGAAGUGAGCAUCCCCAGGGAGCUGGUUGGUGGCCUGGAGCUCUUCCUGACCAACACCUCCUGCCGAGGAGUGUCCAACGGCACCCAUGUCAACAUCCUCUUCUCUCUCAAGACGUGUGGUACAGUGGUCGAUGUGGUGAAUGACAAGAUUGUGGCCAGCAACCUCGUGACAGGUCUACCCAAGCAGACCCCGGGGAGCAGCGGGGACGUCAUCAUCCGAACCAGCAAGCUGCUGAUCCCAGUGACCUGCGAGUUUCCAUGCCUGUACACCAUUUCUGAAGGAUACGUUCCCAACCUUAGAAACUCCCCACUGGAAAUCAUGAGCCGAAAUCAUGGGAUCUUCCCAUUCACUCUGGAGAUCUUCAAGGACAAUGAGUUUGAGGAACCUUACCGGGAAGCUCUGCCUACCCUCAAGCUUCGUGACUCCCUCUACUUUGGCAUUGAGCCCCUGGUGCACGUGAGCGGCUUGGAAAGUUUGGUGGAGAGCUGCUUCGCCACCCCCACCUCCAAGAUCGACGAGGUCCUGAAAUACUACCUCAUCCGGGAUGGCUGUGUUUCAGAUGACUCGGUAAAGCAGUACACAUCCCGGGAUCACCUAGCAAAGCACUUCCAGGUCCCUGUCUUCAAGUUUGUGGGCAAAGACCACAAGGAAGUGUUUCUGCACUGCCGGGUUCUUGUCUGUGGAGUGUUGGACGAGCGUUCCCGCUGUGCCCAGGGUUGCCACCGGCGAAUGCGUCGCGGGGCAGGAGGAGAGGACUCAGCCGGUCUACAGAGCCAGACGCUAACAGGCGGCCCCAUCCGUAUCGACUGGGAGGACUAGUUCGCAGCCACACCUCGAGUCCCUGUAUUGGGUGGCUCUGCUCUUUGGAGCUUCUCCCACAGGCCCCCUAAGAACAUCCGCCAACACCUAGGCUCAGACUUCACACUGUGAGUUCAGACUCCCAGCACCAACUCACUCUGAUUUGGUCCAUUCGGUCGGCACAGGCCACAGCACUGCUGAACAACGUGGCCUGGGUGGGGUUUCAUCUUUCUAGGGCUGAAAACUAAACUGUCUACCCAGAAAAACACUCACCCCAUUUCUCUCAUUUCCUUCCUACACUUAAAUACCUCGUGUACAAUGCAAUCAGAUCAUAAAAUCAGAAGCCAGGUAUAAUAUUUCAAGUUAUAAACCCUAGAAAAAUUAAACAGUUACUGAAAUUAUGACUUAAAUACCCAGUGACUCCUUAAAUAUGUAAAUAAUAGUUAUACCUUGUAAUUUCAAUUCAAAUGCAGACUAAUGAUAGGGGAUUUGGAAGUUUAUCAAUAAAACAGUAUAUAAUUUUAAAAGUAGUAUUUGGUUUUUCUGUCUCAUACUUAUUUUCUUUUUC